UGGCCGAGUGGUCUAAGGCGCCAGACUCAAGCUCCGCUUCCCCGCGCUGGGGAUUCUGGUCUCCGAAUGGAGGCGUGGGUUCGAAUCCCACUUCUGACACAUCAUUUUUCUCCUCCUAAUUUCCUACACAACGAGACGGAUCGGAGCAGCGGGGAUAGAGGUCUUACCGACCUACAUUAUUAAAAAUUGACUUAAAUUUUUCUUACAGGGCUCUUAAGACACCGAAACUAGAGGAAGCAAAAAUAUCGCGAUACGUUCUGAAAGCCGAGCGAUCUGGCGCCGCCUUAAAGGAGAGCAGCGACCCUGAAGAAUGGCAUCGCGAGAUGUCUGGAAAGCGCGAGACUUGGGGCGGGCGCCGGUUUGUGGCGCGCCGGAGGAGCGGCGUGAUGGCGGGUCUCUCCUCGCGGGCUCGGGCGGCCGGCUCUGCCCCGGACCGCGUCCCCGACCGGCACACCCCUGCGGCAGUUUUUCCCGCCGCAGUGCCCAGGAAGGCCUUCACGGUCCUCCGCGCUGGUCGGCGUUUGCAGCAGCCGUGGAGCCCGACGCCCCUCCCCGUGGCAGCGUCCGGGUUCUUGUGCUCGGUCCACGCGGUCCCUUCUCACCGACCCGGAGGGAACGGCUGCCGCCCGCUCCGCCCCCGCUGGUCGUGUUCCGGCCCGGCCGUCUUCUCGCGGACGCCCGGCUGCGCCCGGGAGCGCCUUCUCCGGACAGACGCGCGGCGCCCCUGCGUUCCGCCCCGGCGGCGCCCUUGCCUCCCCGAGGGAGGAGGGCCCGUGUGCGCCAGGGGCGGCCGCCCGGGGCUGCGGCGGGGACACCACCAAAUAGGGAAUCGUCAAAAUGGGAGAGAGGGCGCGGGUGAAGAGAGAACAACAGAAUUCUCGGGAGACAUUCGUCAUGGACGAGAUCCACCUGUCCCAUCUGAAGGGCCCGGUUCUGAAUUGAGACGGCUGGAACCAAGUGGUUUCACUACUACCAAUAAUUUCCACACCGAACGUGAGGCUUGAACCCACAACCCCGAGAUCAAGACGCUCUUCCAACUAACCAGCCAGAUAUUCCCCUUUCAUGGAACAUGAGAUAAAAAGAGACUAUGAUUCACCACUUAAAACAGCACGGCCUUCCUCAGCAUGAUAAAGGGCAUUUACGAAAAACCUAC